UAUCCAUCUCGGUACUUUUUGAAAGUAACUGGACAUCCCGGUGUUCUCCGGUAUCAGAACGUGAUACAGUAGAACGCUACAAGUAGGCAAGGUUUUACAGUGAAAAUGUAAUGUUGUGUUUAAACUAUAUAAAUAGAAAUGUGAACGGAGUUUAACUGCUUUAGCGAUAAAUUGGCAGCUUUCACGUAAUCUUCUAAGUUUUUAAAUUGGAAAUUCUAUUCAAUUUUAUUGAUAGUAAUAUACCCCUUUUUCGUUUCUUUGACCUUGGCAACUUCGUCUUAUAUACCAGUGAGUGCUUUGGAAUGUUAGGGAGCUACUACAAUGCCUGGAAAGGUAAAGGUAAAGAUUCUUGCCGGACGUAACUUGCCUGUUAUGGAUCGUUCCAGUGAUACUACAGAUGCUUAUGUAGAAGUAAAACUGGGGAACACAACAUACAAGACUGAUGUUUGUCGCAAAUCAUUGAACCCACAAUGGAAUUCAGAGUGGUAUCGAUAUGAGGUUGAUGACUCAGAGCUUCAAGAUGAACCGCUGCAGAUCCGUUUGAUGGAUCAUGAUACUUAUUCAGCUAAUGAUGCAAUUGGCAAAGUGUACUUGGAUCUGAAUCCUUUGUUACUACCUGUUUCACCAGCUCCUGUUAAAAGUUCAUGGAAUUCGGAGAACACAACAACAUCAAGUACAAGUUUAACAGGAGGAUCUGUGAUGUCAGGCUGGAUACCGGUGUUUGAUACAAUGCAUGGCAUUCGUGGUGAAGUAAACAUCAUUGUAAAAGUGGAACUGUUCUCAGAUUUCAACAAGUUUCGCCAGUCUUCAUGUGGUGUACAGUUUUUUUGCUCCCCGGUUAUUCCUCAGGGUUACCUCGCUCAAGUUGUUCAUGGGUUUGUGGAAGAACUAGUUGUUAAUGAUGAUCCAGAGUACCAGUGGAUAGACAAGAUUCGUACUCCACGGGCAUCCAAUGAGGCUAGACAAACUCUUUUCUUCAAAUUAUCUGGAGAGGUACAACGAAAAAUUGGACUAAAAGCAUUAGACUUAGGAGGAAAUGCUGUUAUUGGAUAUAAUCAGUGCUUUGACUUGGAAGGAGAAUCUGGUAUUGUGGUGCGAGGGAUUGGCACAGCUGUUACAUUAACAAAAUUACAAGAAAUUUCAGCUCCAGCUACACUUCCGCUUGAUAUGACAGCUAUGGACGACAUGGUUUCAGCAUCAGGUGUAGAUGAUAGAUGCUUUGUAGAACAAAGUAAUAGUGGCUUGCUACAGCCUUAUGAGUUAUGUGUGGCUCCGCCUUCACCCAAGCUUUGUGUUACCCCUCCAACUCCCAUUGUUGUUUCUCCUACAUCUCCUCUGCUGUCUGAUGAACUGUCUAAAGAAAUUCUUUUGCCAACUGUAGUUGGGCCAGAGUUUUCUGGUAUUGUUAAAUUGAAGCCUAAAAAGAAAAAGUCAAGGCAUCCAGUGCUAGAUUUACCUCGAUAUUUAGCUGCAGGCUCAAAAGUAGAUCAUUCACUGACACAUCGUCACCUCGUACCACGCCCAGAAUAUGGACGCCAUUUCUCUCAGCCUACUGUAGGCAUUGGUUCAUCAUUUAAGAAAAUGGGUCGAUCCACACAAAGUUUAACAAGCACAUUGGAAGAAGCAUCAUUCAGAAAUCUUCUUCAGCAAGAAGAUAUGCGAGCAGAGGUACAACGUGGAAGUAGGUUUGCCAAGGGGCUAAGAUCAAUACGAUUGUUUCCUCAGAACAAAUUAUCCAAGAGACUGAUAGCCCUGAGAACAAGAUUGCAGUCUGAUUCUUCAAUGGAUGAAGAUGAGACUGAGUUUAGUGAUGUAGAUAUAAUGGCUGACAUGGUCCAGACCUCUUAUGCUAAGAAGGCAAAGGUGAAAUUUGAAAGACGACACAAUAGGUCAUCAAGUGAUUCAAUGGCAGCAACUAUUGUAAGAUCUUUAAUGGAGAGUAACAUGACUGGGCUGGAUCGAGUUGUGGAGGUGAAAGAGAGUCCAGGAUCUUCUCCUAGUUCACCUUCAAGAAGGGAAAGCUGUGCUAGUAUUGAGCUUUCCAAACAUGCUCCAGGAUAUUCUGCUAAGAUAUCUGAAUUUGGUUGCUCACCAACUGAUGCCGACCCUCCUGACGUCCAUAUAACUGUCUCCGAGUCCUUUCUUCGCCUUCCAUCAGUUGAUGAUGGUCCGGAACUGAGAUACGUUGAUGGUCAUCUUAUCUCAAACACUUCUUCAAAUGUUUCAUCGACAUCUGAUUCAUCAAGCUCAGAAGAGGAUGCUUCAGAAGAUUAUUCACUUGACGUUCCCAUUACGGAUAAGUCACACUCAUAUUCUCUUACGUCAUCUUCUGUAAUUCCUUCUGAGAUAAAGGACACAGACACAGGCACUGGACUUCAUAUACACCAUGAUAAAUAUAAUGAACUUCAUUCAUCGCAGGUUGAUGGUAGCAGUACUGAUACACCAGUUGGUAAAACAACAGUAUUUGAAUGGAAUGCAAUUGACAGUUCUCAGGCAGUAAAUACACCAGGAUGUACAGCUAUCAGUGAACAAUCUUCAGAUGUAUAUUGUUUUGAUGAAUGUAAGACAAACUCAAAUUUGCACCAGCAAGAAAGUGGAACCACUACUACUUCGUUGGUGAAGGAUAUAAAUCUGACGACAAAAUAUUGUCAGUCAGGUGACUCAACACAGCCUGAUUUAACACAACGAAACAAUGAUUUUGAGAAUGUGCCUUCUUUUGUUAACAAGACUACUGAAAACAACAAAACCAACUUUGAACAAAACUACAGUUUUUCUGUACCAAUGAAUGACAGCAGAAAGAUGCAGGUACCUUUAUCAACUGCGGGUGAAAUAUCGGUAUCAAAAUCAGAUUAUAAUUUUACACCAUUCUUGGAUACAGUAGAGGUGAAACCUACUAAUGAAUAUUUAAUUUUUAAAGAUUCUGGAAUUAAUAAUAAUCAUCCAUCAUAUACACCAGUGUCACAAUUUAGUACAAAGAUAAUGCAGGAAAGUACAUCAUCUCUUUCUGGGGAUUCUGUGCACACAUUAGAAGUAAUCAGUAUCCCCAGUGAGUCCUUGUCACAAUAUGAAAAAAUAUCCGUAGCCGUUCCAGAUCCUAGAAUCACUCCUAGUGUGUUGCCUAAUCAGGAGAAUGUGCCAUACAUUUUUGCCUCAGCUGAAGAAGGGCCUGAUAACAGCCUCUCAGCUGGUAAUAGUGUUUCUGUUAGUCCUUUAAUAAAAACAGAUAGUGAUACUAGUGCCUGUAAAUUAGAUGUUGUACUUGAUGUUGGUGGUAGUUGCAAGACUAAUAGUGUGAUCGGUAUGCAGAACUCGCCUGUUGGGAAGGUUAGUGUUGGUAUGCUAAACAUCCCCACAUCACCCCUUCACAAGAGUCAAAGUGCAACCACUCUAUGUUCAUGCCCCACUGCUACUGUCGAGCAUGAUACUAAUGAUGAGCAAGUGAGCCCUUGCUGUGGUGGGGAUUUGCAAUUCCACAACAUCAAGCAUGGCCCCUGCUUCAUCCCACUCAGCAGGCAGCAGCAGCAGCAGCAUCAGCAGCAGUAUUCUGGUGGAGAGGAGGACAGACAAACAGCUGGAUCGCCUCAGCAAGUUGGUCCUGUGUCCGCUGCUGGCUCCAAGAUAUCACCAUCUCCUGCCAAGUUGUCAACCCUUCCUGCCAUCCACCGGAGGUCAUCUGACUCAGAUCUCAGUAUCACACCUAAAGGAAGCUGCAGGAAACGUAAUAGCUUAACAGGAAGUGAUCGUUCUUCGACUAUGGGUGUUCACUUUCGACAGGGACCUACAAUGGCUCGACCAUCUUUGAAUCAAGAGAGUUUGGAUAUGAUGGAGUAUCCAUUCCUAACUAUGUCAAAAUAUCCUCCAGGCUUCAUAUUACACUUAGGUGGAACUGUCAGUUCAAGAUCUGUAAAAUUGCUAGAGAGAGUUACAAACUUAGAAGAACCUGAGACUCGAGAUGCAUGGUGGACAGAGAUCAGGAUGGAAGUGCGAUCACAUGCACGUGCUCUGGGCUGUAAUGUCGUGUUGGGUUACUCGGAGAACACAAGCAUAUGUGAUGAUGUAUGUGUUCUGAGUGCGUCAGGCACAGCAGCUGUGAUCAGUCUACAAUUCAAUACAGUUUCAGAACCAGACACUGGUGGCCAGCAUCUUGUUUCCAGGGUAUAUUUACACAAUAAGGAACUUAUGACUACCUCAUUAGACAGGACGGAUUUUGAACGAGAAAAGUCUACUGCCCAGAAAGGCGAUGUAACACUUCCUUUUGUGCCAGGUGCCAAAGUACGGCACCCAUCUGAUGGCUAUGAACUGGAAUCAGUUUCAACCUGUUCUAUUUGCCACUUACCUUACAGUGAAGGUAGUGUACCAUUUCGAGUCACGAUGCUCAAAUGUGCUGUAUGUAGAUGUGGUAAAGUACCAGAUUUUUUGUUCACAACAAUUGAGCUUCCAGAAGGAGUUGCAACUACAGGCAAAGGCUGCUUCCUGCAAGCCUACGUUUGCAGGCCUAAACGAGACUGCAGAGGUGAACUGAAUGCUAAGGAAAUUUCUGAUGGCUUGCCAUUCCUCGAGUAUGAGUUGCACUGUCUUCUGAUCAACAAACUUAAAGUAAAGGGCAUGAAUUCCAUAUUUGGUCUGAAGGUACAGUUGUCUAUAGGAGAAAAGAUGCUGGUUGGUUUGGCAACAGGCACUGCUGUCUUCCUUACGCCACUGCCUAUGCCUCCCAUACCAAAAGUAUCUGCGGGCAACUCUUGGGCUGAUGAUAAGAAAUUGGCUGAGAUACAGAAACUUCUGCAAGACACUGUUAAGAAAAAUCGAGACAUCUAUCAGCUUAAACCUCUGAUUGAACUUGAAUUUCAGUCAAAUGGCAGAGUUUCAGCCUCUGACACUGAAGAAUCAGAUGAUGAGUUACCAGAUUUGGAUUUGGCAACAGGCAACAAGGAUACCUGUGUUUUGGAGGUGGAUGACGCAGAGGAUGUAGAUGUAAUAUCACUCUUGAUAGAUCCUCGUCCACCUGAAGGUUUUUAUGUUGUAAACACUGAAACUGUGCCGGGUCUGGAUGAGCAAGAAAUUGUAAGAAACCUUCAGAUGUUUACCCAAGUAUGGCGAGCUAAGAUUCCAGCAGGCCAGCUGACUAGUGUAUUUAACAAACACUUUAAUAGACUGUUACAGAGUGUAUUCUUCAAGUUACGUUGUAUGAUACCAUGUGCUCUUUGUGACCUCCAGUUUGGUAUUGAGCUACCUGAACCGGAUGAAUUGCAGAUCUUUGUCUUAGGAAUGGCGUUAGGACUUGGAGAACCAGGAAAGCUAAGCAACAAGUUCAAGAGAAAAGUAAUUGUUCCAUCAACAAGCAAGGAAGCGAUUAGAAAGACAGAUGAUAGUGAAUUAAUCUUCAACUUGGAAGAAGACCAUGUAGUUGCUGAGAAUCCUGCAAUUGCACCUAUACAGGUGCAGCUUGGUCAUCCAAGGCCUCGCUCCCCACAAAGGAUAAAAACUCCUCAGUCUAAACCUCAUCAUACUCCACCGAGAGAACGAUAUGGAGUUGAUAUGACUCCUCUGUCUUACAUACCUGGAGGCAAAAUUGAACGUUAUCUUGGGAACCUGAAUUUCUUCUUCAUCAGAGAAAGCACCUGUAUUAGAGAGGGUGGAGGCCUGAGUGGUUUUGUUCACAGUUUUGUAACUGAAGUUCUUGCCAUUGUUCGCGCACAUGUAACUGCUCUGGGAGGAAAUGCCAUGGUAGCAUAUUUUAUGUCUGAAUGUGUGCUGUACCAUAAUCCACAUAAAAACCAGGGCCAGUGUCUUAUCAAUGUCGGAGGUGAUGUGGUCUUUGUUUCAUACUACUCUGGAGAUUGAUUUGAACCCACUGUGUGAACACGUAAUUGUAGGCGGUUUUUUAAUUUGGCCUACGCAGGUCUUCAGCGUGGAGGUCUUGUUGUAUUAGUUUACAGAGUGAUCAGAAGUGGCUUGUUACUCAUUUACGUACUGUUGCCUAUGAAGGAUCUUACUUUAGAAUAUGACUUAAUUUUUAAAUAUGAAUUGUAAAUAUGUACGUUUUGUAAAGAUAAAUUGUACUUUAAUAUUUGUUGUGGUUACCUCGGUAUUGUCCGCCGGCUCUGUAGUUAAGAACAAGCCUUUUCUGAACAGUCUCUGUAAACACUGUUUUUAUAAAUUGUACUUAUGUAUAAGACCAUAUAAUGUAAUAUUAAAAUAAUUUGAGGAAUAUCUACAAUGUAUUCAGUCCAUGACAUUUUGUAAAGUGCAAUUUCAAUAUUUGGUACAUGGGUAUUGUAUUAUAUGUACUUACAAGUUAAUAUACUGUACGUGUUUUUGGACCUUUGGUUUGGACACAA